GCAGUCCGCAGCCACCUCUUGACCUGUGACUCUUCCGCUUCUUCUCUCCUUUGUGAGCCUUCUCUUCUCCGACGACGACGCCAUGCGCGGCGGCUCGCUCCAUGGCGUGCUGCUGCCCGUCCUCGUGGUGCUCGCGCUCGCGCUGCCGCUGGCAUCAGCCCAGCCGUGGCCGAUAUGCGGCAGCAACGGCAACUACACGGCGAACAGCACCUACCAGGCCAACCUCAAGCAGCUAGCCGACGAGCUCCGCAAGAACGUCUCCAGCAGUCUCUUCGCAGCCGGCGCCGUUGGCUCCGUGCCGGACGCCGUUUACGCGCUCGCGAUCUGCCGCGGCGACGCCAACGCCUCCGCCUGCGCCGACUGCGUCGGCACCAUCUUCCAGGACGCGCAGCAGCUGUGCGCCUACGACAAGGAGGUGUCCAUCGUCUACGACACCUGCUACCUCCGCUUCUCCAACGUCAACUUCCUCUCCUCCACAGACAACUCCGGCCUGGUGAACCUCUACAACGGCCAGAACGUCACGGGCGAAGACAUCGCCCGCUACGACCGCGCGGUCACGGGCCUCCUCAACGCCACCGCGGGGUACGCGGCGGACAACUCGUCCAGGCGGUUCGCGACGGGCGAGCUGGCGGGGUUCAGCGAGCAGUACCCCAAGAUCUACGCCAUGGAGCAGUGCAGGCCGGACCUGGCGCCGGCGCAGUGCCGGCGGUGCCUCGACGACCUGGUGGGGCAGCUGUGGCAGACGUUCGAUCGGAACACCAAGGGCGCCAGGAGCGUCGGCGCGCGGUGCAACAUUAGGUUCGAGCUGUACUCGUUCUACACCAUCCCUUCCAUGCUGAAACUGCAAGCCGAGGCCGUCGCGCCGUCGCCGUCGUCGGCUCCGGCAGGGCAGCCGCCUGCUGUGCCGGGCACCACACAAGAGAAAAGGAGAAACGGAGCAGGUAAAAUUCUUGCAAUUGUAAUGCCUAUAGUUGCUGCCACACUGGCAGCCACAGUAAUUGGAUUCUGUCUGUGGAGGAGGAGAAGACCAGCAAAAACACCUCCCCCAGGACCGCUACGAUAUGCAUCUCGUUCGGAGGAGAUCGAAAGUAUCGACUCCCUUAUUCUUGAUCUAUCAACACUCCAAAUCGCAACAGACAACUUUUCUGAAAAUAACAAACUUGGUGAAGGAGGAUUUGGUGUUGUUUACAAGGGUACCCUACCAUAUGGUCAAGAUAUAGCAGUAAAGAGGCUCUCACAGAGCUCUCUGCAAGGAAUGGGGGAGCUGAAAAAUGAGCUGGUGUUGGUUGCCAAACUCCAGCACAAGAAUCUUGUCCGGCUGGUCGGUGUCUGUCUGGAAGAGCAUGAGAGGAUGCUUGUCUAUGAAUACAUGCCCAAUAGAAGCUUGGAUACCAUUCUUUUUGACUCUGAGAAAAGCAGUUUGCUAGACUGGGGAAGAAGGCUGAAGAUAAUAAACGGGGUUGCUCGAGGGAUGCAGUAUCUCCAUGAAGAUUCCCAGCUGAAGAUUGUUCACCGGGACCUCAAGGCAAGCAAUGUCCUGCUCGACUCCGAUUUCAACCCCAAGAUUUCAGACUUCGGCUUGGCGAGGCUCUUUGGAGGCGACCAAACACAGGACGUCACAAAUCGCGUCGUCGGAACAUACGGAUACAUGGCGCCGGAGUACGCAAUGCGUGGGCACUACUCCGUCAAGUCGGACGUGUUCAGCUUCGGCGUCCUGAUCCUGGAGAUCGUCACGGGGAAGAGAAACAGCGGCUCCUACUACAGCGAGCAAUCCGGCGAUCUCCUCAGCGUCAUAUGGGAGCACUGGACCACGGGAACCAUCACGGAGAUGGUGGACCGGUCCAUGGCCGGCGGCGCCUCGGGGCGGGAGAUCGCGAGGUGCAUCCACGUCGGGCUUCUCUGCGUGCAGGAGAACCCCGCGAGCAGGCCGACCAUGUCGGCCGUGAACGUGAUGCUGAGCAGCGGCACGGUGUCGCUGCAGGCCGCGUCCAGGCCGGCGUUCUACAUCCGGAAGGGCGGCGACGGCAGCACCGGCACGUACUCGGGCGGGUCGUUCGUGGGCACCCUGCCGUCGUCGGGGAGGUCGGCGCCCAUGUCGCCCAACGAGGUGUCCAUCACCGAGCUCGAGCCGAGAUAAGAAACGUGGCCACGUCUCGGCCUCUCGGUCUCGGAGACCAUGUAUGCUGUUGUGUAAACGUUGGGAAAAAAAAAACUACGGAGUAUAGCAAAAGGGCAAUAUUUUGCUAGGGUCCUGUUUUGAGGAAAGGAAAACAGAACACUGGAAUGAAAACAUAUUGGGAAAACAAAAGGACAGGAACGAAAUGAUUGUGAUCU